AUGCUACGCCAUACUCUCUACCUCGCAAUUUUCUCAGCCAGCCUCGUCAUCGGGGCCCCUCUGUCAGCAGAUGGUCCUCAGCCCGGACAGUCCUCCUACUAUAGCACAUAUCGCGGCAAGACAGACGCUUUCCCUGCCAAUGUCACCAAAGCUGCAAAACCUCCCACGCCGAAUGAUGCUCCUGGUGACGACGACCUGCUCUUCCAGAAUCUUCUAAGUGCAGAAUGGGCUAUCUACUCCUUCUAUCAGCAAGGCGUGGCUCGCUUCAACGCCAGCGCGUUUGAAGAAGCUGGCUUCCCAAACACGACGUAUGACCGUAUUUCUGAGAUCCGAGACAACGAAGCUGGUCACCUCGCAAUUUUCCAAGAAGCAAUUUCCUCAGGAAGUGUCAGGCCUGGCGCUUGCGAAUACCAGUUUCCGUACACCGAUGCUGCAAGCUAUUUGGAACUUGGUACACUGCUUGAGGUCUCUUCGAUGGCGUUCUUAACGGGCCUCGUGUUGCAGGCCAAGCUGGAUGCAUCGAAGGCCACAUUAGUAGCGAUUGCGGAGGUCGAGAGCCGCCACAACACAUGGAGCCUGAUGGACGUGUGGCGAGCCAAUCCUUUUGCUGGGCCUUCCGAUACCAUCUUCCCAUAUGCCAAUGAAAUCCUGGAGACGACGAACCUAUUCAUAGUCAACGGUUCUUGCCCACCUGAGAAUCCGCCGUACCCGAGUCCAAACCAGAAACUGCCCUUCAUCAGCAACGUUGGCAAUGCGACGAUGAAGCCUGGCUCCUCAAUCAGUGUCGCCUUUCCGGAUGAGGCUAACCAGCCGAAGUUUGUGGACGGUAAAGACUACUAUUUAGUUGCCUUCCAUGGUACCAACAAUGUCUCUUCGCCAUUCGACGUUGAGACCGGUACGGCGGUCAUUCCAGCCGAUAUCGAGCCCCACAGAGGCAUUAUCAUUUUUGUGAUCGCAGAUUGUCCCGGUGCGCCGACUUUAGAGUCGGUGGUGGCUGGGCCGCUGAUAGCUCCUCAAUAUUCAUAG